UAUUCAAAGCAAAAAUUGAAAUGUCAUCCACUGCAGCAGAAGAAAUUGAACUAUUAGAGCGUGUACUUUUGCGUCUGGGUUGUGCGGAUACCGAUGAAAAGUUGGAAUCAUGCGUGGGACGCUUUCUAACACCGGUAAUACUAAAGAUUACCUCGCCUCAUGAUAAUGUCAGGAAUAAGGUGGUAGAAGUUUUGACACACAUUAAACGUCGCUUAACCUCAAGACCCUUGGUUCAAAUACCCGUGGAGGCUUUGAUAGAUCAGUAUAAAAAUUCAGCAGACUCACCAUUUUUACAAAAUUUUGCCAUUAUUUUUAUAACCAUGGGCUAUCCACGUUUGAAUCUAGAGCAACGUAGCUCAUUGGCGGCCAAAGUUGUGUGUUGUGAGGAGAAAUUGGAAAAUUAUCAGGAUAAAUUGUUUAUGUUGAUUUUACCCGAUUUGAGUGAAAUAAAACUACCCGAUGAUCCGGCUCAGCGUAAAAAUGUUUUAAAUUUACACGAUAAACCAGAAAUAAAACGUAAUUUCCUUUCCUUGCUACAAGAUGUGCUGUUGCUGCCCUAUGGUGUAACCCAGGAACAAGAGGUGCCACCCGGCAUGAGUACCUAUUCCUUUAAAAGGGUCAUAGUUAAUAAUUGGAGAGCAGAGGAUUUGGAAAAUAUCAAAAAAGGCAUAGUGCGCUUAAUUUGCUCCGGUAUUUUCAAUGAUACCGAAAUAUUUGUGUUACUGGUUUUGGCUUCUUCGGAUACACGUUUUAGUGUGGCUACUCCAGCCAUAGCGGAAUUGAGUAAAGUUUGUACUAUAUUGGAGUUUAAUGAUCCUUUAGUUACUAUGCCUUUGUAUGCCUUGUUCUCGGGCAAUAACUCCACGGUGGCGGAACGGAAAACCACUCCCAGCUGUUCCCGCGUCAGACAAAAGUUAUUGUUGUAUCUGGUUAAAUGCCGCGGUAAGGGUAUAAGUGUACCCAAGGGCAUACAAGUGGUGUUUGAGGGUUUGUUUGGCACCAAUACCAGCCAGAAAUGUAAAGUGUUGUCUCUACAAUUUGCCGAAGUGCUCAUUAAAGAAGGCCAAUCGGAUAUUAUAACCAAAGUUUCCAAAGUACUUUUGACCGGUUUCAGCAAACUGGUGGGCAAGGAAUCCAGUGAACCCAAUGAUGUACAAAAUGCUGCCUACUCAGCCUUGGCACAACUUUCACGUACUUGUCCCUCAGCCGUAAAUCAAGAUUUGAAAAUAGUCUUAUCCUAUUUCAAUCAUUUAACCAAUUCUCCACCUGAAUUACACUCCUCCAUAAGAGAGGCUUUGGUGGCCAUGGCUCCAGCCUUUGCCUGGAAAGCUAAAGAUGAUACCAACACCUCUUCAGAACAGGUUCAACUAACCGGCCAGCAACAUUUACUAUUGGCCAUGUUGUCGGACAAUGCCGAAUCUAAGCUGCAUAUUGUACAAAAUGUCACCAGCAUUUUUAUUACCACCUGUUAUCCCGAGUACUAUGCUCCCGCCAGAUAUUUGUUAUUGCUUAUUGCAGGAGAACGCAAUUCCUUGCGUGAAAAUGUUACUUCCUAUUUGUAUGGUGUCUCCAAAAAGGAUCAUAUUAAUUACAACAUGUUGUCGUCUGUUGAGUUUCCUUUGGAGUCAGAUAAAGAUGAUUUCAAUAAAUUGACUUCCGAGCAACGUCAUGUUGUUUUGCCCAGUUUCCAAUCUAUGAUGCAUCAUGUUAAUGAAACCUCACAAAAGAGAUUAAAGAAAAAUCUGUCGGUGGUGGUGGGACGCACUAAACUGCCAUAUUCUUUGGAGGUUUAUGAAGAGAUUUUAGACUACUUACGCAUUUGCUUUUGGUAUUCAGCUGGCGCCCGCUGUGCUCCUGGCGAUGCUUUGUAUAUGCAAAAACUUAAGACCUAUAUACUAAGUAAUUAUGAAGAAUCGGAUAAUAAUGAAUUGCGUCAAUAUUUGUUAUUUAUACAAAGAGGCGUGGAAGCCAAGAGAAAUGAAUCUAAUUUAUUGUGUUUAUACGACUUGCUUAAUGCCACUCCCGAUCUGUUGUGUAAAUCUCAAAUUCAUUUACUAGAACCUUUAAGCAACUCUCUCAAAGAUGUUUCGGAAGUUAUGCGACUCAAUGUCUCACAAAUCGUGGGCAUUUUAUGGGCCUAUGGCAGUGAUGAAAAAGAAUUUGAGGCUCAGAUCACCGACUGUUUGGUGAGUUUGCCUCAAAAAAGUCUGGAACAUAAACACGGCUGGUUGAUGGUUUUGGGUCAUGCCUUUAGUCGUUACAUACAAUAUGCCAAAGCCAAUAAACUUGAAAAAGAUUUUCAAAAAUGGUCACAAUUUGUGGAUGCCAUUAAAGUUAUAGCUGAAAUCUUGGUUAAGGGCCCUCAAGAUUUGCUGAUUUCAGCCGCCGUUAAAUGUAUUUCCAUGAUUGGCAAGUACACCGAAAUUCCCAAUGUUCAAUUAGAAAUAACUAUCCAGAAAACCGAAGAUGCUGAUGAUGAUGAAGAAAUGACAGAAUAUACUGCCACUGGUUUCACAAAAUUCUUUAUUUUCACCGUGGUCCAUCGCCUGUUGCUCAGAUCUUCGGUACGUCCCAAAAUACGUGGUGAGGCAGCCAAAUGUUUGGGCAAUUUAGCCAUUGGUGAUGGUGAAUAUUUCACCCAACGUAAUCUCGAUAAAUUCCUUUCCAUGGUUAAGGUGCAAAAGGAUGCUGCUCUUAAUAUCUCCAUUUCGGAUGCUAUUGCCUCUACUCUGUGCGGCUAUGAUGUGGCUGAAGGUUCACCAGCUGAUGAUUUCGUUAAUUGCCAUUGUAAUGAUGAGGCAUUUGAGAAGUUUCUUAAUGCUUUAAUACGUUUGGUACCCGAACCUAAUCCGCAUUCACGUCAAGCCUGUUCGGUGUGGCUGUUGGCUGUGGUGAAACACUGCAGUUAUCGUCCGGCUGUAGUGGGUCAAAAGCAAAUGUUACAAUAUGCUUUCACCGAAUUGCUGUCAGAUGAUAGUGAAUUCGUGCAAGAUGUAGCCUCUCGCGGUUUAGGCUUGGUCUACAACCUGUCCGAUCCCAGCAGCCAAAAUGAUUUGGCCAAUUCUUUGCUGGACCAACUUAUGGGUGGCAAACGUAAAGUAAAUAAAGUCUCUCAAGACACCGAGCUAUUUGCUGAAGGCAUGUUGGGCAAAACUCCUACUGGUGGCAACAUUACCACCUACAAAGAAUUAUGCUCGCUAGCCUCGGAUCUUAAUCAACCCGAAAUGAUUUAUCAAUUUAUGCAACUGGCCAAUCAUAAUGCCGCUUGGACCAGUAAGUUAGGAGCCGCCUUUGGUCUCAAGUCUUUGUCUAGUGAGACCAAAUCAAAAAUGGAGCCCUAUUUUGGUAAAAUUGUUCCACGUCUCUAUCGCUAUAAAUACGAUCCCACGCCAAAAAUACAAAAUUCCAUGAUUUCCAUAUGGGAUUCGAUUGUUAGUGAUCCCAAAGAGGUGGUGGAGAAAUACUAUUGGGAAAUCUUAAGAGAAAUCUUAGAUAACUUAACCUUUAAUGAGUGGCGAGUGCGUAUAGCCUGUUGCUUGGCCGUAAGGGACUUAUUAAGACGACCAAAUGGUUUAAAAUUGCGUACAGAUGAAAAGAAACCAAAUCCAGCAUCUCCUUCGAAAAGUAAUAAAAUGGAAGUUGAUGGCGAGGUACCAGAACCUGAACUGAAAGAAUUGUGGUCUCAGCUAUUUAGAGUUAUGGAUGAUAUACAUGAGGGCACCAGAUUGGCAGCUCAAGGAUCGGCUAUGUUUUUAAGCAAGCUUUGCGUCAUUGCCGCCUCUUCGGAUCACGGCAAAUCUGGCACUGCUGUUGCUUCUUCCAUUUUACCCUUCCUCUUGGAAACUGGUGUAAUACACACCGUCGAUGAUAUACGCAAAAUUAGCAUUAAAACCAUAUCCGAAAUGAUUGAUUCAUCUGGUGCUUUAAUAGCUCCACAUUUACCCUCUCUCAUACCCUGUUUGUUAAAGGCCACCGGUGAAUUGGAAUCUACAAAAUUAUCUUAUCUGUCGACACGUCUGGGAGCCGAUCAUGAUGCCCAAGAAAGAGUGGAUUCUUUAAGGGCUGAAGCGGCCAAAAGUCAUCAUACAACGGAGACAACAGCUAAGUGUGUACGUUUUGUGGACUAUCCGGCUUUGGAGAAAAUGACACCCGCUGUUUUGGAUCUCAUUAAAACCAGUGUUAAUUUGGGCACUAAAAUAGCCUGUGCUCAUUUCAUAUGUCUGGUCAGCAUACGUGUGGGCAGUGAAAUGACGCCUUUGGUGGGUAAAUAUUUGGGUGCCUGUUUUGUGGGUCUUAAGGAUCGUAAUGCCACAGUGCGCAAAUACUAUGCCAGUGCUAUAGGCCACUUAAUAGGAAUAGCCAAGGAACAAUCUAUACGUAAUCUAUUUGUCAAACUUGAUGAAUUGUAUAUGGAAAAUCCUGCCAAUCGUUCGGCUGUCCUUGUCAUCCAGUCCAUCAAUAAACGUCACAAUGAAUUGCUCAAAGAUUAUCUGGACAGUGUGUUGCCGCUGAUAUUCUUUGCCAUGCAUGAGGAGCCCAAUGAUGAUAAUAAAACCACCAUUGAAUUGUGGCGUGAUUUAUGGAAUGAAAUCAGUUCCGGUGACGCGGGUAUUCGCAUGAAUCUUAACGUUAUAGUACCCAAAUUGGAGAAAUCACUAAACGAUGCCAGUUGGUCACGCAAAGCUCAGGCGGCCAAUGCUAUACAAACUAUUGCCAAACGUUUAAAGUCGUCUAUUGAAGAAGCUGAUCGUUUGCGUUUGAUUUCGUUGCUUAUAACUGGGCUGCAGGGACGUACUUUUCAGGGUAAAGAACGUUUGUUGCAAGCCUUGGCCGCUUUGUGCAAAGGUUUGGAUCAUAAACAUGAGAUAUGUGACAAGAUUGUUGAGUCGGCGAUGAAAGAGUGCCGCAAAGAGGAGCCACAAUAUCGCACCUUGGCCUUGGCUAGUUUGGGUGAUAUUUUAGAGGAACUGGAGCAGGAUCGUUUUGAAGAGGUUUACAAUAUGAUCUGGUACCUGUUGGACAAAAAAGAGCUGCGCCAACUGUCCAACUCCGACGACGAAGCCGACAAUAGCUCACACAAAGAUUUUACCACAGAUGAGCGCAACAAACGCGCCAGUAUUUUGAAUAAACUCAAAGAGACUGUUUGCGAAACAUUAGGCAAAUCUUGGCCCAAAAAUUCCUUCGAAACACAAAAGAAAUAUCAGCAAUUAUUUGCCGAACGCUGUUCUCAAUGUCUGCGUGAUAAUACACGUUCGGUGCAGGUCAGCUUAAUGGUUGCGCUAACAAAAUUCAUAGAACGUUUGCAAGUGCUGAACAAUGAACAGGUUCAAGCAACCGAGGGUAAUCAAGAGAAAAAGGUCAAGAUGGAUGUACAAUUGGAGCGUGAUAGUAUAAUUGAGAAAGUAUCACAGGAUAUAUUGUCUGCGGUUACUUAUGCAGCAGGCAUACCUCAUACGGGUUUGAAAAAAGAAGCUCUUAAUAUCGUUUUAAUAUUGAUUAAACGUUUAACCGAUGCCAAGGACAUGAAACACUUGACUUUGAUUAGACAAAAUUUCGAAGAAAAUCUGGAGAAAUUCCAAAAAGAUUCAGCUCCCGAAGUUAGAUGUCGCAUUAAGGAUAUCGAGGAGAAAUUUAGCAAGUGUAGCUUUCAUGAUUAUUAAUUAAGAAUGUAAAAGGCAUAAAUAGCAAACAUUGUUUUUUGUAUUUAUUGAUUGAUGAUGGAGUCAAAGAAAAAAAUGGAAUAAAUUUCAUUAAAAUUAAAGGCAAAUAAAAAUCAUUUUAUAACAAUA